AUGGGUAAGAUAAGGGCAGCGUUAGCUGGCCAGUGUUGUGUUGAAUCUCCAUCUCAAGUAAGAAUUACUUUUGAAAUUGGGACACUAACUUGUCGACCAGUCAUGCCGAAGAAGAAACAAAGAGGAAAUGAACUCAUUAAGGAAUUAGAAAGGCAAUUACAUAAAUCAGCGAAACAAAAAGAUGAUCGAAAAGUGUGCGAUUUUUGUGUAGAACUUGGCGAUGAGUAUCGACGAAUCGGUGAUUUAUACGAAGCAUUAAGGUAUUAUCGGAAGGGUGUGGAAGUUGCUGAAAAGUUGAACAUUUAUGAAAAUUCCGUUUUUGCUCAUCGGGCCAUUGCGGAAAUUCUCGUUGAUCCAGGUAUCCAGGAAAAUACUAAGGCAUUAGAGCAUGGAGAGAAAUAUUUGGAAGCAGCAAACAAAUCUGGAAAAGUCCACUUUAUCCAACUUUCAUAUCAUGUGAUUGGCUGGCUUCACCUACAAAUCUAUUUGAAUUCAAAUGCAAAGCAGGAAAUGUUACUAGAAAAAGCUAAACAAUGGUGUGAAAGAAGCCUUGUUUAUUUAUCGAAGCAUGCCCUAGAUAUUGAUUGCGAUAAAGAGUAA